GUCUAACAAAUAUGAAAAUGUCACCUUUUCAGAGGGCACGCCUUGUUGUUUAACAAAGACUGUCAAUGAGCAAGAUUAAUAAGAGGCGAAAUGGACACUGAGUCACUGAGAGGUCAAACCGAAGUUAUCUCUGUGUAGCUAUUAAAGAAAGGUAGCCGGAGCGGUUCUGAAGCUCUCCAAACGCACGAGACGCACAUAGUUUAGUCAAUACUAACUUGAAGCUCGCGUGCACAGAGGAGUUUUCGGUUCAGGGUGACUGUUGAUCCUCUACAUGGAAACGUUAAGGAUAAAGAAACAUUAGGGAUGGGAACUACCUGUCGCGCAAAGGACGUGUCACUAUUUUGGUUUAUCCGAGCAUGGCGUAUACGCUUCAAGGGUGAGGGAGAAUGUUUUUGCUCACGAAGUUACAUCAGGUAGGCCUCCUGCGUUAUAUUUUAGCGUUUAUAUAACCCUGCUAUUUAACAAGGCUAAAAGGAAUACGGUGACCUUUCGGAAUUUAGCCUGUCUGUGUUGUGCAUUUCCCCCCAAAAACGAGAAAUGGUUGAAAGAAGUCUAUUGGCUUUAAGAAAAAUGUAAGAUGAACGUUUCAUAGAGAUAUUUCAGGAUUAUAAACACGACACUGCGGUCUUUAUUAUAAGGGAUGUAAAUCAUUUCAAGCAUCGUUUAAACAAUACCAAUACGGAUAUAAUUGAAUAAACCGCUAUUUAUUGCAGUAAACUAGAAAAGCCAAGUGCAAUAAACAGUUAGCGGUUGCCUGCAGGCUAUAUAUGAUAGUUCAAUACGUCCUGGAUACAAAUUCUGAGUUAGUACGCUUGUUAGAGUAGAAAACGAAAUGCAAUGAAUCUAAGCCACUGUGCAAUGCUUGAAAGGUGGCAAGAUGUCCGGUUCAGUUUAACUGGACAGUUCAAAAAUAUAAAAAGGCAACAUGUUAUGAAGCUUCUACAGACAAUAAGAAAAGCCACUUUUCUUUAUUUAGUCACUUAAACAUUGCAAUUCACGCAGUUUGCCUUUGCUGAAGACGUGAGAUUUUUUUUUACUAAUUCAGUAAUAACAAUAAUUCAAAAGAUGAAAGCCGAAAGAUGCAAAUGCAUGUAGCAUCCUUUUGUCGUUGUUGAAUACACGUGCUCGGGUCGAUUUCACGUCGAGCAAAUCGUCUAGCUGAUGGCCUUUCGUAAUAUUUCUUUGACGAUGCCAGAGGUGGAACCCCCAGAAGUGAGUCUGGCCAUUGUGUUUGUUGCGUUUGUUACAAAAGACGCGUGAUAUUAUUGGCUGAUGCGUCUGCUGGCUCGUAAGUAGCCUUCGUGCUAUUCAUUAACAGGUGCACGCUUAGCCACUGAUACAGUUGGUUUUGUUAAAGUGGUCGUGGGCCUUCUUCAAGGUUCUUUUGAGGAACCUAUAGAAAUGUUAAAGUCCCUGAAGGGUACGAAACUCCAGAUCCUGGUACACGAACAACGAGAUAUGCUGUACAUUUAUCACGCGAAAGGGCAUUAACACUAGAAGGGGAUGCUUUCUUGAUAAAUUACGUUCUUUAUUGGACUCAAUUGUUUUUCCACUGUAUAUAAUGCAUUUUAACGCACUUCUUGUACGUUCAGUCGGCUGUUUAGUUUUCCGCGCGAUGCAUAUGGUAACUACAUCGAAUUAAUUUCUGAUAUAUUUUGAUUCGAUAACAAAAACAGACGCAUUGACCGCUCGAACACAUUUUUGCUGUGCUGAUGCCUGGCCUGCUAUUGGUGCUUGUUUACACGAUGCCCACAGGAGGCGCUGAUUGGUCGCAUUUCUCACGUGACCCACCAACUUUGUACAUUUGACAGAGGAGUAGGUGGGUUUUGGAGAGAUCAGAAAAACGACAGCACGAUAAAAAUUAGAAUUGUUGCACUUUUCAAAUUAAUGAUCAUGAGUUCCUACUUGAUCAAUUCAAAUUACAUCGAACCUUCCUUCCCACCCUGCGAGGAAUAUCAGCAGAACGGAUACAUGCCCGUGUCCUCUGAUUAUUAUGAGCGGCCGAAAGACGCGGGCUUCCCCCAUCACGAGGAGGCAUCAUACCCGCGAUCGAACUACCAAGAGCCGAGCUAUGAUUACGGUAAUGUGUCAACCAACGGCCUCAACGAUUUCGCCGACCGUCAUCACGCGCAACCUCAAUCCGUUCCGCAGAAUCAUGGACCCCGCCUCACCACAGAGAGCUGUGCCGGUUCAGCCGCGAACAAGGAUUGUAGCCUCGUGUCAGAGACUCUCCCGGGCGCACAGAAGGGUAAAGAGCCGGUGGUGUAUCCCUGGAUGAAAAAAGUCCACGUUAAUACCGUGACCGCCAGCUACUCUGGAGGAGUGCCCAAGAGGUCUCGCACCGCCUACACGCGCCAGCAGGCUCUCGAGCUCGAGAAAGAGUUCCACUUUAACCGAUAUCUGACUCGACGCCGACGGGUGGAGAUAGCGCACACUAUGUGUCUUUCCGAGCGUCAGGUGAAAAUCUGGUUUCAGAACCGCCGCAUGAAAUGGAAGAAAGACCACAAGCUGCCUAACACAAAGAUCCGCUCCUCGAGCUCCGCGCCCUCCAACCAUCACGUGAAAACGGACGCCACUCAGCAGCAGCAAACGCUGCUUCCCGCUCCUUGUUCCUCGAACCUAUAGUGCUAGAAGCGAAUCGGCACGAACGGAACUGAACGAAAAAGAAGAACACGUAGCAGUAUUAGGAUCGGAACUUCACAGGGUUACUUUUUAUUCAGUGUCCGAUGAGGCAACUUAACCUCGCCUUCCCAACCUCUUCCUCCGCUCUAAUUUGAGCUGGAAAUCACAUCCUUCCUGUAAAAAUAGUUUCCCUCUCUCUCUCUUAAAGGAACAAUAGUAGAAUGUACUUUAACUUGGACAAUGGAUCGUUACGUUUUCUGUAUUUAACUGAGACAUACCGAGUCUUGUCUGUGAAGAUCUGCGUUAGUUACGCGUGUACAAAUUGACAUUUUAACUUGAAGGCACAAGCAUAGGAACAUUCUUCCUGGGGUAGUUAUCUUAUUUGUCUUAGUCCCAUACUUUAGAGUAUUGUUAAGUGUAUUUACGUCAUCGAAGCUGUGAAUAUUCGUGUAUUUGGUUAUUUGUAUAUUGGUGAAUGAUGUCCAGUUGUUUUAGUAAGCCUGUAUGCAAGUAAUUGUAGGCUUCCCGUGAAAAACAAUAAAAAUGACUUUAUUGUGUA